CCGUUGACACAAACCAAACCCUUCUUCUUUUUUACUUCUACUUGGUCAUUUUUAAGGUUUUAGUUUACAGUCAUCAUGCAAUUUACUAAUUCAGUGAUAUAUGUGCGUUGUGUUAGGGAAAUUAAAGAAGCUGAUGUCGCAUUUCAAGAGAGCUGGUGAUGGGAGAAGCAAGAUAAGAGCUUUGGUUGUAGAUGACAACAUGGUGAACCGAGCCAUUCAUCAACAACUACUACAAAAUCUCGGCGUUGAAAAUCAAGUGGUUGGAAAUGGCAAAGAAGCCGUAGAUGCCCACUCUUCAGGCCAUCAUUUUGACCUCAUUUUGAUGGACAUGGACAUGCCCGUCAUGAAUGGCAUUGAGGCCACAAGGAGGCUCCGUGCGAUGGGCGUUCGCAGCUUGAUUGUAGGCGUCACAACGCGGUCCCUGGAGCAAGAAAAGCAAGCGUUUAUGGAAGCUGGCUUAGACGAUUAUCAAGAGAAGCCAUUGACAACAGCCAAGCUUGUUCAACUCCUCGAUAGAUUAAGAAAAUGAGACCCCCUUAAUCUCCCCACUUUACAGUUUGUUCAUGGAUUUGUUGUGUUUUUGUUGUAUGAUCAGUCAAGAUAAGCCGUGUCUCUCAUCAUCAGCCAAUUAUACAGUAAUAAUCCGAGCUUCUCUUUUUUUUUU